AUGACUCUGCCCCAAUUACACGCCUGCUCAUUACCUCUCCGGCCUCGCUCUUCAUGUUUCCUUCUCAAGACGUGUGGUCAUUUAUCUCUCACGUCUCGAAAGCUCUUAACUGCUAACAAAGCAGACCGAGAAUUUUCUAAGUACGACAAUUCUUUAGGGAAAGAUGAAGAUCUGCCAGCAUCAGAAAAUGUCACACAACCCAAACCCAAAAAAGCAAAAACCGUUGCCCAGGCCGACGAGGAGCUUCGCGAACUGCUGGAGCAGAUGUCGGGUGGGGGAGGAGCAUCAGGGGUUGAAUACGAGGAUGGAAAGCCUAAUACGAUGAAGCGCAGUGUUCGAAAUAAUAUGUUCCGCUAUAUCUGA